AUGGAUGAGGGAUUAGGAAUACUUGCAAUGGCUCGCUUUGCAUACAAGAUCAUCUUGUCAGACCAGGAAGAAGCAAUGACUCUUCCGUUGACCGAGCUUCUCCUGGGAGAUUUCACUCUGCAUAAUGAUUACUACUCUUGCGAAAAGGAGAACUAUUUCUACCAAACCAAGGAGAACAAGCUGCCCAUCUCGAACGCGGUCACCCUGUUCAUGAAGUGA